AUGGCGGUGUUUGCUAAUGUCAAAAAUGAAGGAAAAGUCAUUUAAUUAACAUCAGAUAAUUUCAAAUCUAUUGUUUUGGAUUCAUAACAAGAUGUUUUAGUGAAAUUCUUUAUCCCCUGGUGUAGUCACUGCUGAA